AUGAACAGCCGGCGCGGUGCGGGGCCGGGGCGCCCGCCGGCUCGGGCCUCCCCGCGAGGCCGGGCCUGUCACCCGCGAUCUCGCGGCCCCGGGCCCGCCGCCUCCUCCCCGGGCGCCGGCCGGGCGGCGGCGGCGGUGGCUGGGCGCGCGGGCCGCUCGCGGGCGGGCGCGGGACGAGACGCACUGACGAGGCGCAGACUCCAAUGGCGGCAGCGGCGGCAGCAGCUGCAGCGGAGGCGACAGCAACGGCGACUACGAGAUGGACAGCCCCUUCCUGGCUCCACCUUCCUGCAGGGAGACCACUUCUCUCUCCCCACUCACUCCCAGCCCAUCCCACACCAGGCCCCCAGCCUGGCUGCUCCUCGGGGCUCCCGCGCCCCUUCGGCCACUCCCCAACAUGGCUUCCAGGCAUGUAAGCACAUGGUGAAAAACCUCAUCUAGGACUUCCCCAGCACUCCAGUGGUUGGAACUCAGCACUUUCACUGCCAUGGCCCCGGGUUCUAUCCCUGGUCGGGGAACUAAGAUCCCAGGAGCCACGUGGCAGGGCCAAAAAACAAACAAACAAACCAAGAACACCUCAUCUACGUACUGAAAGCAACCACCCUCUCCGCACUUUCUCUGGAGCUGCUUCAUACCCCACAAACCUGCUCGUGUUCUCGGGCUCUUUCUGCUCCCCAGCUCAGGAGUAACCUU